GAAAUGUGUUUGGUGUAAAUAUAGCCCAGAGACUCUGACAAGCAGCCUGUGUGUGCAGAGCAUUCAGUGGCAUGGUCAGCCAUGUGGAGCAUCCUGCUGCAGGCUAUAAAAAGAUCUUUGAGACAGUGGAGGAACUGAAUGAACCCAUACCUGCUGCCAUCACAGGUGUAAUACCAUCAUGGCUGGGUGGCAGUCUUCUUAGGAUGGGACCAGGUCUUUUUGAGGUGGGAGAUGAACCUUUCCACCACCUGUUUGAUGGACAGGCUCUCAUGCACAAGUUUGACCUGAAGAAUGGUCAGGUGACUUAUUACAGAAAGUUUAUCAGGACAGAUUCAUAUGUCCGUGCCAUGACAGAGAACAGAGUGGUCAUCACUGAGUUUGGCACAGCAGCUUACCCAGACCCCUGCAAAAACAUCUUCUCCAGAUUUUUCACUUACUUCAGAGGCAUUGAAGUGACUGAUAACUGUUUAGUAAACGUCUACCCAAUCGGUGAAGACUUCUACGCUGUCACAGAGACCAACUAUAUCACUAAGGUCGAUCCUAAUUCUCUGGAGACGUUAAAAAAGGUGGACCUAUGUAAGUACCUCUCAGUGAAUGGGGUGACUGCCCACCCCCACACCGACACAGAUGGUACCAUCUAUAACAUCGGUAACUGUUUUGGCAAGAACAUGAGUCUGGCUUAUAACAUCGUCAAAAUCCCGCCUGCUCAGAAAGACGAAUUAGAUCCCAUAGAGAAAUCACAGGUUGUGGUUCAACUGCCCAGCAGUGAAAGGUUAAAGCCCUCCUACGUACACAGUUUUGGUAUGACAGACGACUAUUUUGUGUUUGUGGAGCAGCCGGUGAAGAUCAACCUGCUCAAGUUCUUGGCAGCGUGGAAUAUCAGAGGAGCUGCAUACAUGGACUGCUUUGAAUCCAGUGACAGCAUGGGGACAUUGUUCCACCUGGCCACUAAAGACCCAGCAGUUUAUAUGAGCAGCCACAAGUUCAGAACAUCUGCUUUCAACCUCUUCCACCACAUUAACACCUAUGAAGAUGAGGGCUUCAUCAUCGUCGACCUCUGCACGUGGAAGGGUCAUGACUUUGUGUAUAACUACCUGUAUUUGGCCAAUCUGAGGAAGGAGUGGGAGGGGCUGAAGAAAGCAGCGACCAGAGCUCCUCAGCCUGAAGUCAGACGAUAUGUACUGCCGCUGGAUGUGCACAGGGAGGAACUGGGGAAGAACCUGGUGUCGCUUUCCUACACUACAGCGACUGCUGUCCUACAUGGUGAUGGUACUGUCUGGCUUGAACCUGAAGUCCUCUUUUCUGGACCAAGACAGGCCUUCGAGUUUCCGCAGAUUAACUACUCUCAGUACCGAGGGAAGAAGUAUUCAUUUGCUUACGGCCUCGGACUCAACCACUUCAUCCCUGACAGGAUAGUCAAGCUGAACGUGCAGACCAAAGAGACCUGGGUGUGGCAGGAGGAGGAGUGUUACCCCUCAGAGCCGUUGUUUGUACCAACACCUGGAGCUACAGAGGAGGAUGAUGGUGUGCUGCUGAGUAUCGUGGUGGAGCCGGGUGCAGAGAGACCAGGCUUUCUGCUGGUUCUAGAUGCCAUGAAAUUGACGGAGCUGGCCAGGGCAGAGGUCAAUGUCAUCAUCCCUGUGACCCUGCAUGGCAUGUACAGACCCUGAACCUCAUCCUAACUUGACUGAGACACACCAUAAGAUACACCAGUCAUCUUCACUUUUCAGUUAGAAAUCAAUCCAGUAUUUCUUCUUCAGUCUCUGAUCAAGACCAUGACUUUAAACUUAUCAAAGUGUAGAUUUCUCUGACAAAUGCACAGUAACACAUUAGUAGGAGGGAUGAACAUGACUUACAUCAAAUAUCGUGAUUUCAGAGGAAGCCAAAAGUGUACAAUGUACAGGCAGAGAAACAGGAGGAGCUGUUGUUAAAUCCUUUAAUUAGUCAGGUGUGUUAAAAUCCUGAUGGGUUUCAUCUUCACGGGGUGUCUGUCAGAACAGCAAGAGUAAAACCAGAUUGUUUUAAUACUGUAUAUACAGGUUGGGCCACGGAAAAGUAGACCAUGUUCCGGUAUUGGUAUUGAAAUAAUUAUCGCAACGACAUCAAAAUGAAGAAAUUAUGACAACACUGUGAAGCUGUCACAAAAAAAGCUGGACAUACAAAUAUUUAAAAAAAUAAAAGAAUGAAAUCUCACUACUGGAGGGUUGCUGACUUUUGCUGCAGUUGAUUUUUAGAUAUAAACCUUUCAUUGUUUUCCAAAUGCACUGACUUUAUUCUUCUUAGGCUGUGGCUAAAAGCAAAUAAAAUGUAUUGAAUGGACAGGAUUUGUAAUUAUUUAACAUUUUAGUGAUACUGGCAAAGGUUGUGCUCAGUUUUGUUCUCCACAAGUAGGUUGCAUUAAGAGAACGAAACACGUAGCUGGUGGAGAAAACAGUGCAUGUGCAGAGAGAAGUCAUGACUGGCAAGACAAUCAUGGGGUUCACUUUUGCUGUGUAUGGUUGUUUUGAAAGUUGUAAAUUAAAGUUGUAAAAGCUCCUCUGA